AUGGAGCAUCUCUGUCUGAUUGCACAAAGCUCACCAUUGUUGGCAACAUUGGCUGCUGUGGGUGCUGCUUUCCUUGGCUACAAGGCACUCGGUUUCUUGAAGACUUUGUUGGACGUUUAUGUGUUGGGAGGCAUCUCGCUCAAAAAGUUUGGUGCUGGCCAAGGAGCUUGGGCAGUUGUUACGGGUGCUUCGGAUGGUAUCGGUAAAGAGUUUGCAGAGCAAUUGGCCAAGAAAAAGUUCAAUGUAUUAUUGGUGUCUCGUACGGCAUCCAAGCUCGAAGCGAUUGCAAAGGAUAUUGUUGAAAAGUAUGGUGUCGAGACCAAGACUUAUGCCAUGGAUUUCACCAAGGGUGACCAGAACGACUUUGCUCAGCUUGGACAAAUGAUGAAUGAGAUUCGUGUGGGUGUAUUGGUCAACAAUGUCGGCACCAACCAUGAUAUCCCUACGCCCUAUGAUGAGGAGAGUGAUAAGGUCAUUGAUGAUAUUAUCGAGGUGAAUGUCAAGGGUACGCUUCGUAUGACCAAGCUUGUCUUGCCCCAAAUGCGUCAAAACCGUUCGGGUCUCAUUUUGAACUUGGGUUCGUUUGCUGGUUUGGUACCAAGCCCUUACUUGUCAGUGUACUCGGGUGGCAAGGCUUUCCUUUCUACAUGGACUCAGGCUUUGGCAAAGGAAGUUGAGAGUCAAGGCAUCGUGGUACAAAACGUCAAUACAUACUUUGUUGUCUCGUCCAUGAGCAAGAUUCGUCGACCUACUUUCUUGAUCCCUCUUCCUAAGCCUUAUGUUGCAAGCGUCCUCGCAAAGAUUGGUGUGCCUUGUGGUGCCAAUGUUCCUUAUACUUCGACUGCUUAUCCCAGCCACGGUAUUGCCAAUUGGCUCAUUUCCAACACCUUGAGCACCAAGUUCUGGAUCAAUCAAAACUAUGCUAUUCAAAAGGAUGUACGUCGACGUGCCUUGCGCAAGCGUGAGCGUGAAGCUGCUGCUGCUGCUGCCUCAUCCAAGACACAAUAA